UCAGUGGCUUGCCAGACAUUGACCAAGCCGGCGAAUAUUUCGGCGGUUUCGCGAACACACCUCUACUGCUACCUUCGAAUCAGACGCGUUUGUGGAUAGAGUGCGCUUCGUGCGCAUCACGAAGGGGUCUCUCCCGAAACAAACGCACAAAACGUGCGCGUUGUGCACGGCUAUAAAUCAUAUCAAGUUGCACCAGCGUAACAAUAACUCAGAUCAUCGUGCUGACGCCCUUCGUGCGAAUUGCACCACACGUGUGCCUGUAAUUCGAAUCAAAUUCGGCUGCGAAUCAAAAUCUUCCACGCUCGUGUUACUUAUACCAACAUAAAAUAAAUCAAUAAUUCAUUUGACUAUAACAGUGCUCCGGUUUAUUUAUUUAAAGUGUCGAGUUGGCCUACAGAAGCCGUGAACAAUAUAUAACUUUAUUUUGAUAAGGUUUUAAUUCAUACUCGUGGUGUUACUGACGCUGAGCAUUCCUAUUAGUGCAGAACUACUUACCUCAACGACGUGUUUGGCCUUAAUUCGAUUUAAUUGAAUUAAUGAGUUUUUUUACCGCUUUAUUAUUGACGUUAUAGUUAAACCAGUGAAAUUUUCUGUGAUUUAUUAAAUUAAAAUUAUUAUCAUUCUUCAUCAUGGCGUUCGAAUGCGAUAAUAAAGCGAAGCAUAGUGUUAUACAAAUGUGUAAAGAUCUGCAAUACCACGUUGUUGGGAUGCCGGAUGCGUGUCCGCGGAAGAAAAAAAUUUACUUCUGGUCGAAGAGAUUAAGCCUAUGGACAUUGAAGCUUUCAUUGGUCAUAUUCUGCUUAGUGUUUGUGAUAGCACCAUUUAUUUACAAAUAUCUCUAUGCACUGCAACGUAGUCUGGUGUAUUUAAAUUUUGUGAGCUGGCCAAGAAAUCCAAACUUUAGCGAUCCGUCCGCAUAUAAAAUCGAAGGUGUUCGCAAUCUUUAUCUAACUACCGAUGAGGACGUGCGGCUUGGCGUGUGGCAAAUUCUGCCGGAAGAUCUCGUGAAAAACGACACUGACCUGACAACGGAGUAUUUCGAAGACGCACUCAAGGACGGGCGCGAUGUGAUCAUUUACAACCAUGGCAAUUCGGGCCAUCGGCUCGCUGAACAUCGCAUGGAAUUGUAUCACUUGCUGCGCAAGAAGUACCACGUUAUUUGCUGGGACUAUAGAGGGUACGGAGAUUCGUCUGAUAUUGAACCAACAGAAACUGGACUCGUGAGUGAUGCGAAAUUUGUUUAUAAAUGGGUUUUGAACCAAACAACUAGCAACAUUUUCCUUUGGGGACAUUCUUUGGGAACUGGUGUAUCCACACAUAUGUUGGGAGACCUUUCAAAAGAAAACAUUAAGAAACCACGCGGGUUGAUCUUGGAGAGCCCUUUUAAUAGUUUCACAGACGAAAUUGCGGAACAUCCGUUUGCUAAACUUUUCAGACCGUUGCCCUGGUUCCACUACACGAUCAUCGAUCCGAUGUUACAGAACGGUUUUGUUUUUGCCUCCGACAAGCAUAUUAUUAAAGUUGAUUGUCCUAUUUUGAUUCUUCAUGCGGAGGACGAUUUAGUUGUGCCUUACUCGCUCGGAAAGAAGUUAUACGAAACAGCUCAGGAUUUCCGACGAUCAACUCAGGGAAAUGUUACAUUCGUCGGUUUUGAGACAAAAUUCAAUUAUGGUCACAAAUAUAUUUGCAGAGCACCAGAAUUACCAGAAAUGAUAGACAACUUUUUUAUAACAGCCGCCAAAGAAUCCGAAGACAAAAAAUUGUAAAUACUUUCGGAUAAACAAUGGAGGAAGCCAAGUGAAUCUCUAGCAAAAAUUCCUAUACGACAAGCAGAAGGCAAGAUGGCCUCACUCAAUUGCAUCGAACGUUUUAGUCAAAUCAAUUCAUUCCUACAUAUUUGCACACUUCUCUAGUAGUUAUCAACGUAACUAAUUUACCUACUUAACUUCUUCACACUACCUCUUCUCUAUUCAUGUUUAUGAUAGCCGUGUUUAUUAUCCAGUUGGCAUUAGUUGAAAUUCUCAGUGAGAACAACAGAUGAACCACGUUAAUCAAAAACAAUUGACAUGGCAUCGGGUAGGAUUAAAUGAAUAUGAAUCACAGUUACUGCGGCUGAUCUAUCGGUGAUGAUAUAAAGGUCGAUCUAUAUUUAGUGAAGUAGCUAGAUAAAUUUUUGCGCGCAUACUAAAUAAAAACUUGUGAUGUAAUUUUUUUUAAUGUAAUAUGUAUGUAGCACCAAAUGACAUUUCUAAUGGCCGCGCUCGCAAUUACCAAAGCAAGACAUUUAUUUAAGGUGAAAGAUUACACAUUGUAAAUUGUAAUUGCGACUGCGACGGCCUGAAAUACUGUGAAGAGGUCCUAAAUUGAUUUAGGAUUACGAUUACCAAUAUUUAGAUAGAUCUUAUAGCGUGUAACACUAAACUAAUUGUAGUGAAAUAGGUGAAAGUAAACGAUUGUUUUACGUACGUAUUGAGGUAUUAUUAGAACAAAUUGUCCGCAUUGUUUGUGAUUAUUUAUUCGAUUAUUUCUUUUUUGAUGGAUGAUUCUGCGAUUAGUUUUUGAAAUUGUUUUUCUAAAGGUAAAAUUGUAACUUUUGUUAUUUGAUUUCUGAAAUUAUUGUGAAUUGUUUUAAAAUUAAGAAGAAAAAAUCAA